AUAGUUUUGCAGCUCCUCGCUAUUGCACAUCUGGUGAAAAACAAAAAUAAUUGCAAUUUGCAAAUAUGCCAAAGAAAAUGGGAGUAAACUCGAAGGCCGUUGAGGCACGAGAGCGCAAAGAUGCCACCAAGAAGGCCAAUCAGGAGCGCGCGAUCAAGGAGAAGGAAGACAAGCUAUGGCAAGACAAUGACAAAAGUUUGGCCAAAAAGCAGCAGCGCAAGGAGGAGGCAGACAAAAAGGCUGAAGAAACCGCUCGCCGUAAGGCAGAAGCCAAAGCUCUGCUGGAGCAGGAAACCAGCUCAAUAACAACGCAGCGUAAACAGCCGUUGGCUAAAAUCAACCGACAGGAGAUACUCAAAGAGUUGGAAAAGAAGCAGCGUGUCAUCGAUGCUAUCAAUGAGGCCAAUAAGCCAGCCGCCAGUCGUGUCGUGGUACAACAAGAUGUUAUUGAGGAAAACUUGAACCGUUCGCUGGCUGGCAGCAGCAUUGCCACGAAUGUAGAUGAGGCGCUGGCCGUGCUAAGCGUCAAUGAAAACGAAGAUGACAAGCAUCCUGAAAAGCGUAUGCGUGCUGCCUACAAAACCUUUGAAGCCAACAAUCUGCCACGAAUUAAGGCUGAAAAUCCUACCCUGCGUAUGUCCCAAUGGAAACAGCUCUUGAUGAAGGAGUGGAACAAGUCGCCAGACAAUCCUUUCAAUCAGGCGCGUUAAAAGUCUGAGGCAGCAUCACAUUACUUAUAAUGAAUUUAAUUCAGCUUAAAAAAGAUUGAUAACCACUUUAAUUAUGUGCAACUUGGCUUGCCUGCUGAAUGCCCAAAAUUAUUUUGUUUACUGUCUACACAUAAAAAAAUUUAAGUACGUUAAUUACAUACAAAUGUGUUACAUUUGCACUUUGCAAGUUAUAUCAUUCAAGUCCGAGUAUUGUGCGGAAUAAUGGGAGUUGCUUCCGCUUUCACUGUUUGUCAAAGGUGUAAACUCGCUAUGAGAAACUUUUACCCAAAUUACUUUGCAGUCACAUUUGAUGUUGUUAUUAAAACUAGUACUGGCAGUUAAAAUUGGUACAACAAAAAGUUAAAUCACAGCCAUUCACAAUGUAAGCAAUAGAUGAAAAACAUGAUUAUAGUUUGAUUCCACCGAAAAGGUUAACAGCAAUGUUAACAACAGCACAGUUAUGUACAAUGGUAAACAAAAGAAUUUUAACAUAAAACUAUAAUUUUAUUUAAUAUAAAUGUUCAUAUCGUAUAACAAGGCGCUAGGCCUAGGACCACAUGCUUCUAAAAUAGAAUUACAGCUGCAACUCAAAUAGUAACAAAACAUUUUCCUAGUCA